AUGGUUAGCAAGGGAACUUAUGAUGAAACUGAAGAUACUGGUAAUAUUAAUAAUACUAGUGAAAUUAGUGAAACUGGUAAUACUGAUGAUAUUGAUGAAAUUGAUGAUGUUGGUGAAACUGGUAUGCUAGUAAAACUGAUAAUACUUAAAACUAAUGAUAUUAAUAAUAUUGAUAAUACUGAUAAAAUUAAUAAUAUUGAUGAAAUUGAUAAUAUUAGUAAUGCUAAUGAAAUUAAUAAAAUUGGUAAAACUGGCAAUACUAGUGAUAAUAUCAAAAAAUAUAUAUUAGGUUUGUAA